AUGGCUUACACAAGGGUUCUUUUGCUUGCGCUGCUGGUAUUGCUGAUGACGUCCGCAAUGGCACAUUCCUCGGCACCGUCGCCGAGCAAAUGCGCCUCGACUCCAUCACCAGCUGCCUCUCCGCCUUCUCCUACACCAGUUCCUCAUGUUGAAUCACCGGCAGCAUCUCCAAAUACUCCACAUGCAACUGCACCUUCUCCGACUACCGGUGAGUCUCCAACUUCGCUUCCUUCAUCAGCUCCGUCGGGCCAUACUGCAGCGUCCUCUCCAGCUAAAGCUCCUGGUCCAUCAGCGACCGGCGCCGUUUCUAGUAGAUUAUCGAUCGUUGGAUUGAUGAGUGUUGGAUUAUUAGGUGCCGCUUUUGUCAUUUAG